GUUACUCCUGGUGAACAAGGCUCCCAGCACAGAAGGAUGUCCUGCUCCAGCGAGCCGUGCGGCGUGAGCUGCCCGCAGCCCGUGGCCCAGAGCGUCAACGAGCCGUGUGUGCAGCAGUGCCCCGAGUCCAGAGCCCUGAUCCUGCCCCCGCCCGUGGUGGUGACCAUCCCGGGCCCCGUGCUCAGCACCUUCCCCCAGGAGAGCGUCGUGGGAUCGUCGGGCCCAGCGUGGCUGGGGCGUUCCUUCAGUUCCCGCAGCUCCGAGGGCUACGGGGGCAACUUUGGCCUGGGAGCUUCUGGGAGCCCCCUGGCCUUGGGGGGCUCCUCUGGCUAUGGGGGCUCCUUUGGGUCUGGAGUGUUCAGCCUGGGUUUGUUCAGCCUGAAGAAGAGAAGCUUCGGCGUGACCUCAUUUCACCUUCCAGUGUCCGAGGGAGCCGAAAAAUACGCGGAGAAAUUAUUUCCAAAGGCAAAAUAUUUCCUGGAGGGUCAGGACAAGGGGGAACGGGUUCGAAUUUAUGGAGAGAAGGUUUAG